UCUUUCUUUUCUUUUCCCUUUUUUAUUAUUUAUAUAAAAAUGGAUAUUCACAGCUUACUUAACCAUUCAUCAGAACAAGACAAUGGAAAGAAACAUAAAAGAGAAAAUAAACCUUAUGCUUGUUCAUGGAAGGACUGUGCCAAGUUAUUCCGUCGCAGAUCUGAUCUUGCAAGACACUUACGGAUACAUACCGGCGAACGACCCUAUUCAUGCUCAUGGAGUGGAUGUCCAAAACGAUUCAUACAACGAUCCGCCCUGACUGUUCAUUACAGAACACAUACAGGUGAACGACCUCAUAUUUGUGGAUACGAAAAUUGUGAUAAAUCGUUUGGAGAUUCCUCUUCUCUAGCUAGGCAUCGCAGAACGCAUACGGGUAGUCGCCCCUAUAUAUGCAAAAUAUGCGGCAAGAGUUUUACACGUAAAUCCACACAAACUCGACAUGAGGAUUAUACCCAUGGCAUAUCUAGACUUUCUUCCCCUACUAGUUCGGGAUCAGACCUAGAAGAUGAAUGUAAAAGCUUACCCAAUCUGGAUACACCUUAUAAAUGGGGCACUUUUAUGAUAUGGCCAACUAGAUCUACAUUGGAUCAUCCUAAAGGAACUAACGAACACCUGUACACACAACCGUUCUUUCUUUCAUCUCAUCCCUCAGCAUCUGUUAUUUAAUACCCCCUUCAAUAAUUAGAAAUUUUGUAUUGUAUAUAAACCAUACCUUAAAAAAAACACCAUAGCAAUAAAUCUUCAUCUGAAAGUGAACCAUGUAGUGGCGUUUUUUAUACAUAAAUGAUAAGUAUCUAUGCAUACCUUGGUGUUAUUACAUAAUAAUAAUAAAAGGGGAGCCAUGCAUUGUACGAGCAUAAAUAAAGGGUAG